AUGGAUAUGCUGACUCUGAUUGGGUGUGUCAUGGAAGGAAAAGAGGUGUAUUUCCCACGACUGAUUAGGCAUAGCAUGUGGAGAGCUCAUAUCCGCGGCUUGCUACUGUUUUCUACACUGGUUACCAGCUUGGCUGAGCUGGCUGAUGUCCCAUGGGAGGACGAUGAUGCGACACCACCGCCCCCAGAUGACGACGAUAAGGAAGUUACUAUUCCAUGGAGUGGAUGGGUGCACGAGAAGCCCUCGACCAGACGUUGUUCUCGGCCUAGAGCUGCAGUUGAGGCAGUAGGACCUUCUUCCUCCACGGCGGCAGCAGUAUCCUUACCACCGCCACCAGCACCUGAGCCGACUUAUCUGUUGGUGCAGCACCUUCUUCAUUUCAUGGGUCAGGAGGAGGAGCAUACUGAGGAGCUAACACAGCAGGAGGCACCACUAGAGACGCAGGCCACCACUGAGGUCCAGCGUGACAUCCCGGAGCCACAGCCAGUACUUGAGCCACAGCUAGUGCCACCUCCAGUUCCACAGCCCGAGCCUGAGCAUGAGCCACAGCCUGGUGCGAUUGUUGACCCUCAUCCCGAGCUUCAGUAG